AUUUCAAAAGUGCUCAGAAAUCAGACUUCGAUUUCAUUCUGUAUCAUGUAUUCAACGAAUAAAACUGAUUGACAUCACGUCCUGCGAAAUAAAACUAAACAUCGUCAGAGGAACAAACUUUGAUCACUGAAUCAACGUGGAGGAUUGGUGAUUCUUGUGAUUUUCUUGGUAACGGUAAAUGUUGUUUUGUCGUAUAGACAUAUAGGUUAUUAACUUAGGUCACUAGAGGCGGGGAGUGUAAAUGGAUCUGAUUUUUCACGAGAAGCAAGAUGGAUCAUUGUGUGCACAACACUGCCUAAAUGCGCUUCUACAAGGCCCUUAUUUUACUGCAGUGGAUUUAGCUAACAUUGCCAAACAGUUAGACGAUGAAGAAGUAUCCCAGUUGGGAAGCAGUCGCGGUAUGUCAAAUUGUUUUCAAAAUAUGGAUGAAAGUGGUUACUUUUCAGUACAGGUUAUUAGCCAAGCUUUGCAGAUAUGGUCUCUAGAACUUGUACCUUUUUUGCGGCAAUGUCCGGAAGCAGAACGUGCUAGGGAAAAUCCUGCUAGUCAGAAUGCUUUUAUUUGUCACUACCGGCAUCACUGGUUUACGAUAAGGAAAAUUGGGAAGCAAUGGUUCAAUCUCAACUCAAUUCUUUCCGCACCUAAAUUAAUUUCUGAAACAUAUCUAGCUAUUUAUUUGGCUCAACUUAAAGAAGAAGGGAAUUCAAUAUUUAUUAUCACUGGUACCUUGCCUCGAUGUGAAGCCGACGAAAUAUUAUCCAUUUGUCCUGUUGUUGAAGACGACUUGACUAGAUCUUCCACAACUAGCACAAGUCAACCGGAUAAAAGUACAGAAGUGGAUGUCGCCUUGGCUGUCAGUAAUGCAGAUAUUGAUGAUGAUGACCAAACCCUACAACGCAUCUUACAAUCAUCCGAAAAUGAUGAUGAAGAACUACAACUCGCUUUAAGAGUUUCAGCAAGUGAGUACGAAGAUACGUCUGACAAGGAACUACGAGAAGCGAUUGCUUUAAGCCUUAAUACUCGUAAGUAUUUUGCAAGGUGUGUUAUUUGAAUCUGUUGUCAAUUUUAAUAUUAUCAUCAUCACUAUUGUAGUAAGCUAAAUUAUCUAUAUAUUUUUAGCAGUGGUAUUUUUUUUACAGAUCUGUAAUUAUGUACUAAACUACAAGUCACAUUUGUACAGUACGUGCACCUAUAGUUAUACUGACUGUCCCAACAAUUGUGCUUAACACGUAAAGGAUUUCAGCGCGUUAUCUUAGUAUUCUUGGUCUAUAACUAGAAGCAACUGAACUAAUGAGUCGAAUUUUAUCGGCCAAAAUACAGCUCAAACUGACAUAAAUAAUGGAAAUCGAAUAUCAGCUGAAGAAAUUCGCAGAAAUAGACAAGCAUUUAUCGACAAACUCUCAUGCACACCCAGAACAAAAGAGUAAUUACUGGUCAUUAAAUGUAUUUCUAAUAUAUUCCUGUGAUAUUUUGAUGUGUUAGAUAUUUCCGGCCUGUUGUUUCUUCAAUUACAUUAAGAGUAAUCAAAUAAACAAAUACACAAACUAGUUUUUCAUUCCAAUCAACUUUUUUAAGUAUUUGUAUACAAAUAUUUCAAUGUUUCUGUAAAAUACAUCAAAUUUUAUACUUCUUUGUAUAGUUCACUUACUUUUUGCAUUAUAUCAUAAAUGGGAGAUCAAUGUUAUAUUCACCAGUUCCAACAUAAAUUGACCCAUAUUUGUUUGUACCUGGCAAGUGAUAUAAAACAUAUCCAAUCCAUAAAAGACUUUUGACCAGAACAAGGUUGCCUCCACGUUCAAAU